CCUUACAACAACCCUGGGAGAUAGGUGCUAUUCCCAUUUGACAGAUGAGAAAACUGAGCCACUGCAUUUAAGUGCCUUGGCCCACACUCACACAGCUAGGAAUUGUCUAAGGCCACAUCUGAACUCUGGUCUUCCGAACUCCAGGUCCAGUGCACUGCACCUAGUUGCCCAAGAUCUAAUCCCACUUCGUGGCUUCCUGGGGAUGCUGGAAGCUGAAGAUCUCUCCAAACCACCCUCACCACUACGCCUGUCCUAAGCAAACAGACACCCGGCAAUCAAUUACCAUAACAAAGAAAACCGGCCAGCAGCCUGGAAUGUAGCUUAAUUUAUAGAACGGUUCCUAGGGAAGACAGGUUUGAUUAACCCUAGAGGAUUAGUCCCCACCUUACCCUAGUACCGUACUGUAUUUCCAGUCUUGUGCAGCCCUAAGCAACUUGGGAGCUGUAGUCCACCAGAGGCAGAGAAGGAUCAACCUGCGCGGGGCUUCUUGGGAGCUGUAGUCUACCAAGAAGCAGGCUUGGGCCGGCUGGCCGCCGAGUGGAGGGGAGUGUCAGGCUGCGCGGUGUUUCCUGGGAGCGGUAGGCUACCGGGAGCCAACUGAAAGGCAUCCGACUGCGCGGAGCUUCCUGGGAGUUGGAGUGCGUCUGCUGCCGGUAGGUCGGCUUCUGACGGGCCGAAGUGAGAAGGGCUUGCGGGUUUCUCAGAUCGGCGGUCCGCUAGGAAACAGUCGCGGCAAGGAUUCCCGUUACAUUCAUGGCGACUCAUAGCUUGGCGAACGAGCGACUGAGGGCCUUGGAAGAUAUCGAACGGGAGAUAGGGACUAUCCUGCAGAGCGCCGGAAAUGUGAUCCUGGAGCUGUCCAAGGAGAAGGCAAACGAACGGCUGCUGGACCGCCAAGCGGCAGCCUUCACCUCCUCCGUGCAGCACGUGGAGGCCGAACUGUCAGCCCAGAUCCGAUACUUGACUCAGGUAGCAACUGGCCAGCCUCAUGAGGGUUCCAGCUACUCAUCAAGAAAGGACUGCCAGAUGGCACUGAAAAGAGUAGAUUAUGCUCGAUUGAAAUUGAGUGAGCUGGCACGAACCUGUGAGCAAGUGCUGGAGACCUAAAGCAGAGUAGAGGCCCUGUCUUUCCCCUCUUCCAUACCUCUGUUGUCUUGGACAAAGUAAGGAGAAGAGUGAGGAGAAGGAAGUGGUAUCCCACCAGACUUCACCAUUCAGAAAAUCCAUGGGAAAUAAAGAAGAUACAGGUUGCUUCACCCAAGAACUCUCCACAAAUUACCUCUUUAACCAGGACUUGGAGAUUGUAAUAUACAACUUCUUUCUUCCACCCUACAUUUCCAUUUUCCCAUGAUACUUUGGGUUCUUCUUGCCACUUUGGUCCAGCUCAGACACACAAAAUGGGAGAGAAGAUCUGACUGUUUUAAUAAGCAAGCCUAUAUUUUCCAUGCAUCAUAAGGUAGGAGGGGAUAAGGGCAUCUAAUUAGGGAGGGCAUAAAAGGAGAAGAUCUGGGGGAAUAGUGGGAGAGUGGAGUUCAAAGUCAUGUGAGGGAUGAAAAGGAGCAGGGCAGUACCUUGGGACUGAGAUGGGGAGCAAGAAGAGUAAAUUAGUUGACUUGGGUCAGAUACAUCCUAGAGAGUAGAGCAGUAU